CAUACAAUGAGUAGAAAAUAAACACUUGGCGACAAAAUGACUUCGAAAUUACUCCAACUGCUGUCCGUGGCUUUUACACUGGUAAUGGUUGCGGCUAACAACAUGUUUUCGGACUAUAAAUGGUGCACGUCUGCCUUGGCCGAAAAAUGUACCAACUGAACACAAAUUUAAAUUUUAUAUGUUUUAGCUUGAAAUAAAAUCUGUUUAAACACAGCAGUUUAUGCUUUCACUUCCAAAACUAGGACAGCAUUUCAAAUAGAAUAAGAGUCUCAAACAAAUCUGAAGAAAAUGCAGGGUUAUGAAGUUCAGCCAAAGCGCACUCAGAGCUAUGUUGAUGAAGCUUUUCGCUUGCUGCUCGAGAAACCUGGUGUAGAGGAGGUGCUCAUCAUGAAUCAUUCGGGUGUGCCAGUCAAAACCUCAAUGUCGCGUCAGGAUGCCCUGCAGCACGCCUGUCUCUAUGACAAUUUACGCGAGAAGACACAAGCAUUCCUACAAAAAUUGGAACCGCAACAAAAUCUAGCCAUGUUACGUGUGCGCACCAGAUUGCAUGAGGUGCUCAUAACACCCGAUGGGAAGAUUACAAUGUUGGUUGUCCAAAAUGCAAAGGAUAAAUAUUUAAAGUCCUUAGAUUAAACAGUCGCAAAGCUAGAGGUAUAUAAAGCCCCAUUGCUUAUCUUCGUUUUCUUGUUCAUGAUUAACCAAUAAAUUCAGAGUUGUCUCUGCCAAGCUAAAUUCUUUC